UGAAACCCUCUUCGCCUGCUUUUGCUCCGAGAAAACCGCUAGAACUACGUGGCUAAUCAAAAACGCAACGCGUGAGACGAGCAAAUAAGGUUAAUAUCGAAUGUAGAUCCGGUGUACAGUGAACACGGUGAUUGAUUUCACGGACAUGCAGCUCAUCACUUCACAAAUGGGGGAAUGUAGAUAACAAGCGUUCUCUCCAUCCUAUGCCAUUUGCUGGGACUCGAUAAAGUAGCUAGCUAAUGGAAAAGCCACCAAGACUACUGUUAUCGCGGCUAUGGCUGCAAAACAGGGUAUACGAUGUCACUUUAAACAGCGUUGUUUUCGCCUGGAAGGAGACAGAACCUAACAAAAAACGUCCACCAGGAAGCAGCUGGAACACCUGCAAAGCUGCUGGCAGCCACAGUGUUCCUGUGUGCGAGAUAAUAGCUGUCCAGGAGACAGCCGAGGAGGUUCAGAAGAAGAAUGCUGGGAAAUGGCACAGAGUUCCCCGUAGCCCCGAGGAGUCCUAUCAGCCGCCGGCAUUUACAGUAUUCUAUGUGGACAGAAGCAGGCAGCACCGCUGGCGAUGCAGAAGUGUCACUUUCCAUUGUCCAGACUGGGGACUCUGUCAGCAGUGGAUCCAGACCAUAGAGGAGCAGCUCUUUCUCUUGACCUACAGACCGAAGCGCUUGCUGGUGUACAUCAAUCCCUUUGGAGGAAAACAACAAGGGAAGCGGAUUUACGACCAGAAAGUUGCCCCAAUCUUUUCCCGUGCCUCAAUUUCCACUGAUGUGAUUGUUACAGAGCGAGCUAAUCAUGCAAGGGACCACUUGAAAACAGAUGCUGAUCUUAAGAAAUAUGAUGGUGUUGUUUGUGUUGGCGGUGACGGCAUGUUCAGUGAGAUUGUUCAUGGCCUGAUAUCAAGGACGCAGUGCGACUCAGGCGUGGAUCAGAAUUGUCCAGAAGAGACUCUUGUCCCGUGUGACAUUCGGAUUGGCAUCAUUCCCGCAGGCUCAACCGACUGUAUCUGCUAUGCAACAGUGGGCGCUAAUGACCCUGUGACUUCUGCCUUGCACAUCAUCGUGGGAGACUCCCAGCCUAUAGAUGUCUGUUCGGUUCACCACAACAACACAUUCCUCAGAUACUCUGUCUCUCUGCUGGGGUAUGGUUUCUAUGGAGAUCUUCUGAUAGACAGCGAGAGGAAGCGCUGGAUGGGUCCGACUAGAUAUGACAUCUCAGGUGCCAAGACAUUUCUGUCACAUCACUACUAUGAGGGAACAGUGUCUUUCCUACCAGUCACAGACAAUGUGGGAUCUCCAAGAGACAAGUUUAGAUGCCGAUCGGGAUGCCACGUCUGCCAGCACAGCGGACACCUUCCUUUGGAGGAGAAGCAGAUAUGUGAGCAAGAGGAGGAGGAGGGGGAGGACAGUGUGUCAGAGAUUGGACAUAAGGAUGUCUGGAGAGUUAUUCGGGGGAAGUUCUUGGCCAUCAACGCUGUGAGUAUGAGCUGUGCUUGUCCAAGAAGCCCCAAAGGCUUGUCACCAGCUGCACACCUGUCCGAUGGCACCACUGACCUCAUCCUCGUCCACAAAUGUUCCCGCGUGAACUUCCUACGCCACCUGCUACGCCACACCAACAAAAAAGACCAGUUUGAUCACUCUUUUGUGGAGGUUCACCGCGUGCGACGGUUCCGCUUCAUGCCCAAGCACCAGGAGGUGGAUUCGGAGGUGGACUCGGAGCCGGACCUGCGGGAGCGAGGGAAGGGCCUGUUCGGCCAGAUCUGCCGUGACCAUCCGGCUUGCGACUGCGCCCCUGCCCACAGCACCUGGAGCUGUGAUGGCGAGACUCUGCCUCACACUGCCAUUCAAGUCAGCGCACACCGUCAGCUGAUCAAGCUGUUUGCCAGAGGGAUCGAGGAGCAGCCCGUCUUCGAGGACUCCACCGGCGUGUGCUCCGCGUAGACUUGCUGACCACACGCACCUCCGACAUGCUGGACCAUUACGGAAUCUCUGAACAUGGCACACUGUUACACAGCUGACCUAUAGCAGCAGAAGACCAUUUCUCCUCAGCCUCAGAUAGCUAAGGUCAUGUAGCAUCACUCUUAAUGCCUCCUCACAGUCUGGCAUGUUGUUCUUGACAGUAAUCUUGCAGCUAGUCUAUUUGGACAUCAUUUCCAUUGAUAAAGGCACCAUUGUUGCGUCCCUGUGGCACAGCCUGUGAGACAAAGAGUGCACUGUAGACUUCCACCGAGAAAUCGGCUCCAGCUUCAGUAGAAGUGCAUUUGAAAACAAGGUUUCUUUGCUCAGUGGUUUCCCCUUGUGUUUCACCUGUGGUGUGAGAUGCACUGCCUCUUCUAGAAGUCGUUAUUAUUAGACAUUAGACACAUGCUCCCUGCGGAGUUUGUCUUCCUUUAACCGUGCAGUCAAGCUGGCCUUGAUGUGUAGCAUUGUCACCCAAAGUUUAUUUUUUCCCCCUCCCUCCCCAACACUUAGGAAAGUGAAAAUGACAAAUCAAAACAAAACAAAAAAGUAAAAACAGACACCUUCAAGGUUUGUUUUGUAUGAUUUUUGCCCCAGUGUUUUGUCUGUUUGACUUGAAUGAUACAAUGUUACUCUAAGAUGAAAGUUACUGCCUCUAUGCCAAACAUAACUUCCAUUCUAUUAUGCCUGCCUGGGUUAUGAAGCUCCUAGUAUUUAAAUUGAAGUAGACGUGUGUAGAGAUGCAUUAUUUGGCUUUUAAGUUAUUUUGCUGUAGUUUCGUUCACUGACAAUGGUGUGACCCAAAAUAAAGCACCUGGGUCCAUUUUUUUAGACUUGUUUUUAGCUAAUCUCAGAACGGCAUGAUUUCAUUGCAGGAGCAGGUGAAAAGUGAUUUACUGUAUUUGUCAGCAGUACUUCUUGUCUUACGGACCAUCAGUAUUCAAGUUGGCUUCAAAUUCAGAAAGGUAGAUUAGUGCUCCACUAAAUUGAGUAGAUCUGCAAACCCCAGUGCUGUACUGUAGACUCCGGCCUAUCUGGCUGGCUCCUGAAGAGCGGGAGAUGUGUGGCGUAUCUGUGGCUUAAUGAUGCUGCGUGGCAGGGCUCCAGGAGCACCGGAGAGCUGCCUCCAGCUUCAAACGGCUACUCUGUGUCCUCGGCACUCUUCAUCUCUUGCUGUCUAAUUUCUGUAAUUAUUGAAGAGCCCAGAAAACCUGAGGGUUAUUCUCCAGGGUGUCGCUGGGGGUUCCUGUAGUGCGUUUUGUUCCUUCACCAGUCAUUGUUUGUGCUGUAAUUUAAGUCUGUUUUGUUCCUUGACUCUCAGGAGACUUAAAGUAAUCUGUGAUUGAUGUGAAGUGGAAUUGCCUCCUCCGUGCUAUACCAUGUUGAUAUAUUUCUGCAUUUCAGAAGACUGAACAUUCCAUUGAAUAGGGCUUGUGAUUUGAGGCGGUUUAUGGCUCUCAAGGUGGCACUGUUAGUGAAAUAUCUAUGCACCCAAGCGCUGCUCCAUGGUCUCAUGACGGCAUGCUCCAGAGAGAUAAUGUGGACUCCAUCCCCUCAAUCAUGAAGCUCUGACAGGUAGAUGUCUGCCCAUGUUUGGGGAACACAUGUAAAUCACCUUCCCACCAACCUGGCUCAGCCGUUAGCCCGACACUCCCAGCGCGAGUGCAGAGUGUAUGAUAACAUUGGCAUCGGGCGAUCAGCUGUCAGCAGGCUGCCUUAUUUGUUGGAGGGCCUUGGCGGCGACGCGUGUAGCGCAGUGGCUUUGACGAGCCUGAUCACAACGACACGCUAGGCAGCCAUCUGACAGCUGCUUCUCUUGGCAGCCUCGAAUCCCCCUCAAUUUUUUCCCGACGCAACUCGCGCACAAAUUGUUUAUCCUAGUCGCCGCGAAAAUCUCUCGCAGCGCAAAACCACUCGAGCGCGCGUCGUGCUGGAGUCACGGACGCACUGCCGUCAGGCUUCAUUGUGCGUACAAAAUCCCAAAUCCAUCCGAGCGGCGUGUGUGCGCACUGGCUUCUCCGUCGUAAUGCAGUCUCCGUGUACAGCAGGUGGCUCGACACUCAUUUAUGCCACAGCGAUGCAGACUGUGGUCAGGCACUUUGUAGCACAUUAUGGCCAUUGUCAUUCGUCUCUGCCCCCUGCGGUGCUGGAGAUUGGGUGCGGUGUCCACUCAGCACUGUGGCUAAUGUGGCAGUGCUGCUCCGCAGCAAGGUCACCCUCACACAGAGAGCCUCCUGGAAGGGGCUGAGGUAGUCGGGAACUAAUGAAGGAUUAGUGAUGACUGAAAACCAACAACAAAAAACAAAACAAAAAACAUUUCAUUAUGAAGGUGUUGAGAUGGCACAAAAUGUAAUGUAUGGAACCUAUUAAGUUGAAGUGAAGUGUGAUUGUACAAUUAAAAACAAAAUGCUGAAUAAAAACUGACCUAGAACCAGC